AUGGCCUCCGCCGGCUCUCCCAAGCCGGCCACCGAUGCCCUCCCCGACGCCCUCGCCCCGCGCAGGCCCUCCAUCACCAGCACCUUCGACAUCGUUGGCGCGUACCGCGACAUCCUCGCCUCGGACCCCGAGCUCACCAAGCCCGUCGCCGCCAUCGAAGCCCUCAUCGCGCUGCUGCACACCGUCCCCUCCACCACCGUCUUCGAGACGCUCGACAGCGUCAAGGCCCACUCGGAGCGCCUCAAGGCCUCGGUCGCCAACCCCGUCCCCCUGACCGCCGGCACCGACCUCUUCCUGCAGUACCUCGUCACCUCGCUCAAGUCCCAGCAGGGCGGCUUCGACGCCGUGCGCCACCACCUCCUCUGCUCCGGGCGGCUCUUUGCCCAGCGCGCCAACGCCGCCCGCCACGGCGUCGCCGACGCCGGCUGGCGCUUCGUCGGCGACGCCAGGUGCGUCCUCACCCACGGGGCCUCGCGCGCCGUCACCAAGCUGCUCGAGCGGGCGGCCCGCAGCCUCCGCGGCCGCUUCCGCGUCGUCUACGUCCGCGACGAGGCCCGCCGCCGCGAGAGCGACGCCGUCACCGCCCAGCUGCGUCGCAUGGGCGUCCCCGUCGCCGAGAUCCCCCCCGCGGCUGUCGCCCACGUCAUGGGCCUGCUGCGCCAGGUCAACAUGGUCAUUGUCGGCGCCGAGGCCGUCACCCAGAACGGCGGCAUCAUCUCCCGCGUCGGAACCUUCCAGAUUGCCCAGCUUGCCGCCGCCGCGAGGCCCAAGAUCCCCUUUUACGUCGCUGCCGAGACGCACAAGUUUGUGCGCAAGGUCCCCCUCGACCAGAGGGAUCUCGGCUUCGCGCAGGACGUCUUGGACUUUAGCACAGACGCGGCGAGUAGGCAGUCGGAAGAUGAUGUCGAUUACACCCCGCCCGAGUUGAUUUCCAACCUGAUUUCUGAAAACGGAGUUCAUCUUCCUGGUUAUGUCUUUGAACAGCUUCUCAGCAUCUACGGCAGUCUCAACGGCUAA